UUAUAGUAUACAUAAAGCACACUUUCGGUCCAUCAAUACGCAGCGCAUAUCUUUUGAUUGCUCAAUUUUUUAUCUGUCGCGAUCGUCUCCCCGUUUUACUUUUCCGACAUUAUCACGUGCGAUUUUAAGUUAUUGGAAAAAAAUGGCACAAAGCGGCACACUGCACUAGAUUGAACUUCCCCUUCUUCAUCUCCACGAUGGAUUGGCUCAUCUUGUUAGCGCUCAACAGGAUUUACCAAUCUCCGAUUCUACUUCCAAUUUAUAAGCUUCUCAAACUAAUCCUACGUCUAUCCACUGGAACAUCGGAAAUCUAUAGAAUCUGCAGAGCCACCGCCAAAGAACUGGGCUACACCGAUGCCGACCUCGCAUUCUACGAGAGUGACGCCUACGCCAUCAACGCACUGGAUGAAGGAGACACAUUAGACGACGAUACACAGCCUUUGCUAGCCACCACACCUCUCCUAGCCGACAUUCAACGCCCUAUUCUGGCCCAAGAUAUCCCAGAAGAUGUCAUUUACCGCAUAGAUCGAUGUAUUCUGUAUUCCAAGCAGCUUUCGUUGGAACGGCGCGACUUGGAAUCACCGUUUUGUCAUCUUGAUCAAGUAUUAUCCGCGAUCCUUUCCAAAAAGCAAUUUCCUCAUCAAGCGUCGCCAAAGAGUGCGCCUGCUCAGGUAUUACGUGCAUGUUUAUUACGCAUCGCCAAAACAUAUCAGCUAGCUCACGAGAUCAAUGAGCGAACGCAAGUCAAGUAUGACUCGACCAAUCCUCUUCAUGAACAAAAACUGUUAAAGUUAUGGGAAGCAUUGAUGCCUGAUACGCAAUUGGAGGCUCGUCUGACACAACAAUGGGGAGAGAUUGGUUUCCAGGGUAAUGAUCCUGCCACGGAUUUCCGAGGCAUGGGCAUGCAAGGAUUGGAUGAUCUUCUCUACUAUGCGCAAACCCAUGCCGCUUCUGCGCAAAGUACAUUCAGUAGUUCGCGCCACCCCGUAUCAUGGUAUCCUUACGCUAUUGUCGGUAUCAAUAUCACCCAUUUCGCCGUCCACACUUUACGUACCAGACAAUUGCAGCAUUUCCUUUUCAAAUACGGAGCCGACCGUAAGACGUACAGCGAAUUUUAUUGCUAUUUGUACCAUCAAUUCAACGAGUUUUGGAUUUCACACGAGCAACCUAGACUGACAGUGAUGGAUUUUGAACGCAAAUUUCAGGAAUUCAAACGACAAGUGCAAGAUGAUUUAAUGUUUCGACGUGUUCAACCGCUCACCCAAUUACUAAACACGCGUCUUGAUGACGAAAAAAAUGUCGAAUUACAGACACAAAAUGAGACAAAUCAUCUCACUCAUCGGCAUGUCGCCUCAUCAUAAAACAAAAUCAAAAAAAGAUACCAAAAAAAAAGACGGACAUUAAUUUUGAUUCUCCAAUGGUGGUAUGCGUGAACUUUUAUAUAUGCAUAUAUAGAAGACCAGACGGGGGUUGAUAUCCUGUAGUGUACGAUGAUCAGAGAAUGGGAAAAGGUUGAUUUCAAUAUGUUACAAAUAGAGAGGGUGAGAAA